AUGACGCUCUUCAGCCCGACCACAAUCCUCGUGGGGUUCCUUCUCCUCUACCUCUCGUCCUUUUUUAUCUUCGCAAUCGUUCGUAUCGCAACCGGUAUUUCAAUUCAACGGAUAGGCUAUUUCUCCCUUCGUCGGAUCGCAUACGCUCCCAAGGAAGGGGUACAGAUUGAGCUCCGCGGUCUCGGAUUGUCACUACACCCCCCAUCGUUUGCCCAACCGACAUGGGUCAGCCUCCGAUUGACAGACCUAAAAGUAACCUUGGACCCCUCCGCAUUAGCCAAGAGUCGAAGAAAUCCAGAAAAACCGGAUGCGUCGACCACCCCAGACUCGUCGGAGUCGAAAAAGGAGGAUGAUCCACAGCGAGGAUCCUCUCCGCGAAGUAAGACGUGGAAGACAUUGACAAAAGUCAAGGAACGAGUCAAGCGACUUCACCGGCAGAUCAACUGGUUGACAUUGGUGGACGUCGUGGCCGUCAAUACCACGGUUCAUUUUAUAGAUGCUGGACAGAUUCAGGUCGGUUCCGUCUCCUUGGCGGUGGACACCAGGCAAAAGAUGGUGGAUAGAGGAAAGGUGUUUCGUCGCAAGAAGGAUUCAUCUCGCGAACAACGCCCGGCAGAAUGGAUAAUGAACGCCCAAAAUGUUUUGCUUUCGGUGGACGGUCGUGAGCCGACAGAACUUUUGGAUAACGUGGGGGUAAAUAUACACGGGCUUCUUUAUAAAGAUCUAGAGGGACUCAGAGAUGCUUCCGUUGCGGUGAAGAUUGGAAGGAUGCAUGUUCCAUACGACGACUUGACGACGCUUUUGCAACGAAUCAAGCAGUUCCGGCAACCUCCUACUAAAGAAACCUCGAACAACGACAUCGAUGAGGAGAUGACCUUCGCAGACUUCGUGGAGGAAUUGGAUAAGCCUGGAAGCCGGGAUGAUGCAAUUGUUCAGACAGUCGCUGAUUCUAAGGAGUUUGCAAGCUCGUUACUGCGGGGAAUACAAGAGAUUCAGAUCGCCCUGAGUUUCUUUAGACUGUCCCGGUCUAUCGAAUCGCUUUCUCAGGACCAGAAUACCGUCUAUCUGAAUGUUGUAUCUCAUGAAAUAGGCGCCGACCUUCAUCGAAUGGAUCAGAAAAGCCCCGCCCAUCGCAUGUAUUUCCAACGCAAUGAUGUGGCUCACCAGGCCCUUCUCGCUGCAAUUGCCCUUUCAGUCAGCUUGGACGACAGCUCAGGUGAAUCAGACAAUAUUCUAUAUAUUCCUAUGGCUACCACAACGAUCAAAACUACACUCCCUUCGAAAACCGUCAGCACUUUUGAUGACCAUAACCCCGAAGAACGGAACACCAAUAUCCUUUUCGCGAACCUGGUUGUGACUUCCCCUUCACUCGAUCUUGAACCUCGACACGUCUCUCGACUUCUGGGAUUGGUACAACCACGAUCGUCUUCGCCCCGUGGGAAGAAGAGAGAUAACCACCGCUUAAUAUCUCGCCUACUUCCAAAGGCCAGUAUAAAGCUUUCGGUCCAUGAACCUGUCAUUCGAUUUGUCCUUCCGAUCUCGAAGGAAUCUGGUGCAGUUGAUGACGAUUAUAACUUGCUCAUAUCUUCUAUAUCCUCUAUAUCACUCGAUAUUGAGUCUUCACAUUCUUCGGAAGGCGGCGUCUACUAUUCCCUGUCAUCGAUUUACCGGGUUGCGUCCCACCAAUUAUACUACCAAACUCCUACUGGAGUCAAACAUAACCUACUCACGACGGAGAAUUUGGAGUUCAAAGUUCUCCUUACUGCAUCGCCGGAGGUCUGUGUGGUUGUCUCGGGAGCCUUAAACACAUGCUCUGCCCAUAUGGUCAAUGGCGAAGUCAAUCGCGGCAUUAGCCAGGUUGUCGAGCAAUUCAGGCAACAGCUCAAACCAAAGAAACGAACAUCUAUGUCAUUCGAAGAGCGAAAGCCUAGCCUCUUAAGACGCAUACCUCCGUGGCUGCUCAGGUUUCAAUUCGAAGCCACAGGCUUUAGCCUGGAAAUCGCUGGCGUUGACUCAAGCGUGUCAGAGCUGUCUCGUGGUGUCUCGCUACAGCUUCAAUCGUGGACUGCGGAUUAUAGAGCCCAGAAGUCCGAACCUGUGAAUACUGUGAGCUUCGCAAGACGACGAACUCCAAGUCACUCCACAAUUGGCGACGAAUCGCCCUUCAGGUUUCCUCCCACAUCUCCCCCAAGACAAGCACAACGUGGUGCCGCAGACGGAAGACGUUUGGCAAUACAUGGUCGCGGAUUCGAAGGUUUUGUUAUCGAAUCUGAAGAUUAUCUGGAGCCUGAGGCAUUCUUAUCUCUUCCCAGAUUCGAAAUUGCUCUUAGCACGUUGAGUGAUCGCCUUGGGCCCAUUUUCCACAUCAACUCCGUGAUCAAAGGCGUGUAUCUUCAAUAUUCUCUAUAUCGGUAUUACUGCCUUGGAGUUGCGGUGUCUGUGCUCCAGAAUGCUUUUAUGCCAGAGUCUCCUGAAGCUUCAAGCGAAUCUGCUGCUCAACGUGAAUUUGCAAAGUCAAUGCCACCGCCUCGUGCACCCACACAAAGGAGCGAGCUCAUCACAACGGACAUCAGGGCAACUGUGAUUCAAGUCAAAGCUUUUAUGCCAACAGAUCCUCCAAUGAUGCUUCAGGUCUACGGGUUGGCGGCUGGCUCGCAUCGCCUUUCAGCUCCUUUCGUCAGAGCUCAUCUUGUCCGAUUACAUGCCGAAACCCCCAAAGCUAAAGGCGUGUGGGCCAGGAUUGUUAGCAUGAGCAAUGCCAGACUUGAUUUACGCAAAGUGAAAUUCAAGCAGGGUGCCAGUCUAGUCGAGGAAAAGUCCAUAGAUCUGUGGGCCGAUUUCAUUCGCAUUGGUGUUCCUCACCACAUGGUGAUGCAUCAUGUUUUUGAUAACAUCGUGAACACGUCAAAGGCCUUCAAGCAGCUACACGGUCGCUUCAAGAGCCACAAAACGGAUUUUGUCUCAGAAAGAGACCCAGAAGGGCCAAAGAAAGUACCAAGAGUAUCAUUGCGGAGCAAGGCCUUGCUGUUUGAGCUGGAGGAUGACGCGUUUGAGUGGAAGCUAGGCUGCAUAUAUAGAACCGGACUACUCGAACAGCGUCAACGUUUGGCUCGGGAAGAGGCUUACAACCUUAAACUUCAAAAGAUCAAGGAGUCGGAUCAGCGGCGCGCCUCGUCUAAGCUCAGAGCAAAAUCCAGCCACCGAACCCUCCGCAGUGAGCGAACAAGUCAAGAUACGAGGAGGAGUAAAAGCGCCGAUGGGAAACCCAGACACGAUCCCCAUGAGACCCAUCGUGGCCGGGGAAGAAAGUUCCGCUACGAUGUCGACGGUUCAGCUUGCCUUUCCUCAGAGUCUAAGGUAUCGGCAGAGAAUGCUUGGUACCGACUCCAGGAGCACAAUGCACAAUCUUGGAAAAAGAAGAUCGAUGCUGCUAUGCGAUUCCAAGGCAACUCCAUCAAGGAGAUCAGGAAUAUCUUUUCUGGGGUGGAUGAGCCUCCGGAAGAUGUGCAAGAAACAGAGACUGUGCUGGGCAUCCCGAACAGACCAGGUAUCAUGUCGGCUUUCAUAAGUGAUGUGAACCUUGUGAUCGACAAACCAUAUUUCCUAGUUGACGAUUACGCCACGUUCCUCAAUAAGAUUGGAAAGGGAAUGCCAAUGUCCAUGCAGUAUGCAUUGCUCGUUCCUAUGAGCAUUCAGCUGGAUAUGGGCGAGGCUCGCGUCACAUUGAGAGAUUAUCCCCUGGAUUUGUUGCAUAUACCGGCUUUGCGACCUGGUCAAUCUCCACGACUGCCUAGUUGGUCACUUCGGACUAAUUUUGUCAUCGCUGAGGAGUACCGUGACUUCAAGUCAGCCAGACAAGUCAAACUGGAGCUUGUUCCCGAAAGUGAACUGCCAGAUGGUAGAAUAAGCCCUGCAUUUUCAAUUGAUGUCUGGCGGUCUGUUUCGCCUGUCAAGACGUACUCCGAUCCUACCGUCGAAAUCAAUACUAGCCUACCAACGAGCAUCUCCUGGGGAAUGUCGUACCAGCCCGUCAUUCAAGACAUGAUGAAGAUCAUAGAGGGCUUUACGAAGACCGAAAUCGAUCCGUCUGACAGGGUUGGGUUCUGGGAUAAGAUUCGACUAAGCUUCCACUCUCGAAUUAGAGUUCUUUGGAAGGAAGACGGAGAUGUCCAUCUACGUCUCAAGGGCUCUCGUGAUCCAUAUGUGGUGACUGGCUUUGGAAGCGGCUUCGUUAUGUGCUUCCGCAAAGAUGUCAGAUGGGAUAUUCACACUAGUGAUGAUCCAAUGGAGUUCAUGAACGUGAGGAGUGGAGAAUACGUUCUGGCCAUUCCAGAUUAUAGCAAUGAAGCUCGAUGCGCAGUUGAGGCUGCAGCCCAGGAUCUGGAAUCUGCAUCCACGUCGAGCGAUGUGAAGAAUGCGGCCCAUUUCAAGAAGGUUGUGAUGAAAUUAUCAGGCGACGUGCGCUGGUCUGCUGGUCUGGUCUUUGAACGCGAUAUUGAUGAACACAACCGCUCAUUCGAGUUCAAACCCCACUACGAGGUGGUUCUCCAGAACCCAGAUUAUGUGGACCAUUCGCAGCCAGAGACCUACGAUGCUUACCGUGGCUUCCGGAGUAACCACAUUCACUUAUCCGUCGCGGUUCUUGCCCCGGAAAGCAGAGACUGGUGUGUCGACGAGAUCAAACCGUCGACAAGCUAUAACACAGUUCACUUGACGCCCCGUUUCUUUACUCACUUCUUCAAUUGGUGGUCUCUGUUCUCGGGUGUAAUGUCGCUCCCUGUUCGUCAAGGACCUCUCUGGCCUGGUAUCACAAGGACAAGCAAGAAGUUUAACCGUCAUCUUGCAACUGUCAAGUACAAGCUGCUUCUUGCUCCUUUGUUUGUGGCUCACAUAUACAAGCAUAAGGACCGUGAAGACUAUGCCGAAGACGUUGUGACAGCAACGGGUUUGAAGGUUCGCUUAGACAGUCUGAAGCUUGAUUUCCAUCAGAGACGCGAGCAAGUGAAGACACUGGCCAAGGGACGCCUGAAGCAAACGCAGGCAAGCGCAAUGCGGAUAAAUCAAGCCCAACUGGAUUUGCAGGCUGCGGACUUCAGAGCCGUAUCGGCCAGCAUUGAAGGAACGAACCCUGACGACCUUGAGAAAAAUAAAGAAGAUAUCAUAUCGACCUUCCAGCAGCCAGUGCCAUCAGUGGAUCUAUCACGAUUUACCAUUCCCGACCAAAACCUCGAUUGGGUUGAUAUGGAUGAUUUUGUCGAACUCGAUUGGAUCCUUCCCCAGGAGUCAAAUCCUCGAACUCAGAUCUUGCCAUUGGCCUUCUCGCCACGGUUUACCUACUUCCGCCAAACAGACCACGGCGAUGUCACCCCAGACCAAACAGGUUAUAGCACAUUUGGAUAUGAGCCUACUCAUGAAUGUGUCAUGUCCGAAAAGAACGAGCCCCGUCGGGUACAAAUGGAACUUAUCCGAGAUCGCCUUGCUACAGUCGAGUCACAAAUAAGAGAUUAUGAACGCACAAUCGGUGAACUGGAACUUAGGGUAAUGAGAGAAAUCGACAACAAGGCCGAGUUGAAGAGCCAGUAUGAUGCUUUUGUUAAUCAAGCAGAGGCGCUCACACGGAGGCGAAACUUCCUCUUUGCUGGGCUUUGCCGCCUCGAGAGACAACUUGCAAGGGACGAAAGAGGAUCACCGAACGAGAAACCCGAUUACAAUGCAAGCGAGACGUCAUCUAGAGCCGGCACUGAUUCAGACUCGGCCAACGAGGGCAAGGAAGCCAAUUUUGAUGGACUCUAUGCUUCACCUAGUGACGAAUUCGCGAGCGACUUUGACAAUCGGUUCAUGAUACACAACGUGCAAUUGAAAUGGAACAACUCGCUCAGAAAUAUUAUCCUGCGUUACAGCCAUCAAGUUAGCCAGAGGCGCGGGUUUGUGUAUUACAUGUCUCGAAGGGCCGUCAAGUUCAUCCUUGAUAUCGUCGAUGAGCAAAACAAGAACAAGGAAAAACAUUCCCAAAUGUUCAACAACUCAUCCAGACGACCAUCUGAUGAUGGGAGUCUUGCUGAUCUGGAUGACGGCGAAAGUGUGGAAGAUCGCAUUGAGCAAUUGCUAAACGAUGCAAAGCGAUAUGUCAACGUGGAAGACCAGGAUCCUCAGCCACGUAGCCGAUCCCAUUCGAAAGUGGAUGACUCAAGUGAAAACAUCGCCCCUGAAUUUACGCCCCAGAACAGCUACAGUUUGCGACUCAUUGCGCCUCAGAUCCAGUUACAGAGCGAGAAGAACCAAAAGUCGGUCUUGCUGGUCGCCGCCAAGGGCAUGCAACUUAAAGUGGUAUCAAUUAUGGAUAAGGAGCGAGUAUCUGACGAUGUCAGUGGUUUGGUGCAGCGCCGGUUUUCUCUAGACAUGGACGGGGCUCAGUUCUUUGUCGCAACGCAGAAGAGCUUGAUGGCCCACCUGCAAUUCUAUGCCGGUAACAAAUAUGGCAAUUCACCUGGAUCAGCAUGGCCACCUUGGUUGACUCUCGAAGCGAUGUUCGAUUUUGAGCUUAAUCCGUUUGGGUUCUCAAGGAUCGUGCAGAAGACAUCUGCCAGUCUGCGAUACGACAAAUACAACAACCUUAGAUUGAAGUAUAACGAGGAGGUUGCUAAAGGACAUCCAGACCAUCAAGAUAAUCCAGACUGUCAAGAAGCCCGAAUGGACCAUAUCAGCGUCGAUUUCCCACAUUUCCGUGCCAUUUGCGACUCUGCGGAAUACUAUUCCAUGUAUAUCAUCGUUCUUGAUCUGCUGCUUUACAGUGAACCCUUGGAGAAAGUUCGAAACGAGCGGCUUGAGAAAAUUAUGCUCACGUCCGAUUUCAGCGAUCUGCGAGGUGCUCCCGAGAUGGUCUUUAAGCUCCAGGCUCGUAUCCGUCAACUAGAGGAGAUAAAGGAACACUUCCAGAUUCAUGCCAAAUACCUGGACAAGCGAGGGUGGGAAGAUCGGUUGGCGCUUGAGCAAGAUCUCGCUCAAUGCGAAGACGAGUUGUUUUUCAUGAUGGAAGCAAUCACGUCGUCUCAGAGAAGAAUUGAUCCGACCAUGUCAGGAGCACACGGUGUUUUGCGCUGGAACAUUUCUGCAUCCGAAGUUGUCUGGCACCUCAUGAAAGAGCAAUCCCAACCAUUGAUCGAAUUCCAAUUGAGAAACGCCGAAUACGAUCGUACUGAUAACAGCGAUGGUUCGAAUCACAAUUUGGUCGCGAUCGAGAGAUUGUAUGGUUUGAACCUUCUCCCAGACGCCAUAUACCCUCAAAUCAUUGUGCCAUAUCUUGACCAAGCACGAAGCUUGGAUGGUCCAGAUGAUUACAUGCUCAGGGUCAAGUGGCAUAUGUUAGAGGCUGUUGCAGGAAUUCCCGUUUUGGAUGAUUUCGAGGUGGCACUUUUCCCACUCAAGGUACAGUUAGAGCGCGAGCUUGGGCAGAAGGUGUUCGAGUACGUUUUCCCCAAUGUCGGGUCGAGUGCGUUUGAAAAUGGUGGCUUCUCGCCAAUGAUGAUCAAAAACAUGAAGCCACUCGAAGAUUCAGACGACGAGCUCGAUGACGAUGACGAAGGAAGCCCACCGCCGCCUACAACUUCAUAUGGCAAUGGUGACCUGUCGAUGGACGAUCUUAAAGGACCCGGCGCAAUUGAGCUUAGGCUGCAGCCGACAAUGUCGCUAGCCGAUGAGGGUAGGCCGCAUACUCGCUCGGGUCAGCUCAAGGGUCUCGCCAUGACGCCUAUCCACAAAGAUACCACUCGGCUUGGGCCAUCGGACAACCGUCCGCCACUUCGCCCGAGCACUAGUGGUGGAUUGGGCAAGAAGAGAUCCGUUGACAGCUUGCGCAUUCUGUCAAGAACGCAUACAGAAAAGCCACUGGCCAAUACCAAUGCCUCGAGCAGUACUGCUGUAGAGGAAAAGACCAAGAAGUUCAACCUGUCAAGAAGAAACAAAACCAAGGAGGCCCAAGAUGAAAUAUCUCAAAUGAUGUCUCGCGCGUCCAACUAUAUGACACUUGCGCACGUCAAGGUCCAAGAUGUGGUGCUCUGUCUGAGUUACAAAGGCAAGGGCGAACACAACAUUGAGGAUCUUCAUGACUUUGUCUUCCGGUUGCCGAUUCUAGAAUACCGGAACAAAACCUGGUCUAACCUCGAUCUUGCUUUGCGCCUGAAGAAGGAUGUGAUCAAGGCUCUCAUUUCUCACACGCCUGCAAUUCUCGGCAACAAAUUCUCCCACCACCGACCUUCCAAGCAGCAACUGAAACGGUACCGCGAGCUUGCAAAUUCGUCCCAACUUCUGCAUAACCCUGAUAGCUCUGCGAACACGAUUUCCGAUAAGAGUCAAGCCAGUGCCGACUCCAACAGCGAGUACUCGGAAUCGCCAUCACGAAGGUCCUUCCAAUCGAACGCUUCUCCUCUUGGGCGAUCAAAUUCCCUGGGGUCUAGUAUGCAAGACGGCGCACCAUUAUCGGAUUCUCGUUCUGCAAGUGAAGUGGAUGUGGAUUCUCGUUGGGAGCAAUCUCGCCGGUUGAUCAAUCCUCCCAACCGGCCCAUGACUUCGGGCACUACAAUCACAACUGUUCGGACCAAGACCUGGACUGGACAGGAUGAAGGUCACAAGAAUACGAUUCGAAACUUUGGGCGGAAGUUGAUGCCGUCUCGGAAAUAA